UUUUAUUUCAUUUUCAAAAUUCGCAAGCCUACUCACCCACUUUACCAAAAUCAGCUGAACAAUUACGUACUCGUACACAGUGUGCGCAUAAUUUAAUCUCUUCAUACUCGGGAGCGUUAAUGGAGUGAGUAGAUCGAGUGAAAGAGGGGUCCCUUUUGGUUAUCAUGCUGUUUGGGAACUAACUUCACUAGGCAUUGUUAAAUUUUGUUAAAUUUAGCCAAUUUCGUCUCUUGCACUGAAUUGCCAUGGGGAAAUCGCCUGGAAAAUGGAUCAAGACUGUACUCUUUGGGAAGAAGCAUUCUAAUAAGUCUAAUUUUUCUAAGAAUGUUACGCCCGACAAAAAGACAGCUGUCAAGACACCAUUGGAGGACCUACCCGAUCCUUACCAAUUGUCUGAUAGAGAAGUCAAUAAUACAUUGGAACUCGAGAAAGAACCUUCUGCCUCUGCUAUUGAAGCUAUCUCUUCAUCUCCAGCUAAUCAAGAUUUAGAGUCGAAAAACGAAAAUGGAUCGGCUAUUGUCAGUGAUACUGAUAGGAAUCAAGAUUUAGCUGCAGCGAAAGUUCAGGCAGCUUUCAGGGGCUAUUUGGCUCGUCGUGCUUUUCGAGCUCUCAAGGGUAUCAUAAGGCUGCAAGCUCUUAUUCGUGGACAUCUGGUUAGAAGGCAAGCAGUUGCAACUUUGCGUUGCAUGAAUGGAAUUGUUCGGUUUCAAGCACUCAUUCAUGGACGUAAGGGUACUAAACAGGUCAGCAUUGGCUCGAAAUCCAUUUUUGGGUCUGAAAAGCUCGCAACGAACACAUUUGUUCGCAAGCUUCUCAUCAAAAUGCCAGCUGCUUUGCCUCUGAGCCUUCAAUACGAUUUAUCCGAGCCUAAUUCUUCCUGGAGCUGGCUCGAGCGCUGGUCCGUGACCCGUUUUUGGGACCCACCCGCACGUGUGGCAAAAAAGAUCACCAAACCGAAGCCCAACAGAAAACAGCCCGGCCUGCAAAUUUUCGAGCACGAAGCUGGAAAAUCGAAACGUACCUUCCGGAAGGUUCCAGCUGCAUCAAAUGGGGAAAAUGGUAAAUUAGUAGCAAAAACGCCCCCACCUCCCGAGUCAGCUGAAGAGCAAGCCCAAAGUGAACUCGAGAGGGUUAAGCGUAACCUGAGGAAGGUAUCCUCAGCUCAAGCGCCCGAAAAAUCUGAACCGGAGACAGAAAAGCCGCCGCAGGGUGUGGAAAUAGCAAAAUCCUCCCCACCUGAACUGGAAAUAGCAAUUCCUCUCGAAAAAAACCCGGCUGAUUCAGAUGAUUUGGUUGAUAAAGCUGAUUUUGCCGAAACCCUUUUGGAAAAUGAACCAGUUGAUGCCCCCCACGAUGCUCAAUCCGCUGAGAAUGAUGUGAACAUUGAGAGUGCUCGAAAUUUGGAAGAUUAUGAAUCGAGCGUUAAGGAAGAAAAAAGCGAGAAAGACGGUCAGAAAGUGAAGAAAAGGAGAUCGCUGCCAGCUAAGCAGGAGUUUUCUGAAAAAAUCUCGGAAAAAAACUCUCCGAGCUUGCCAAGUUACAUGGCGGCAACUAAAUCUGCCAAGGCGAAGCUCAGAGGCCACGGCUCGUCUAAAUUUGGAGAGGAUGGAGCUGAAUUUGGUAAUAAUAAUGCACGAAGGCAUUCACUCCCGGCAUCCAACAAUGGGAAAAUUAGCACAUUUUCGCCUAAGACAAGGUGGUUCAACCUGGGUGGAGAAGAUGAGAGUUUUCCCGAUCUGCUCGUGAGCUGGCUGAGUCAAGUUUGAUUUGGUACUUUGUUUCGACAUGUUUUUUUAAGGAAAAACGAGAAUGAGCAUUUCAUGUCAUUGGUAUCUUGGUGUGUGCUUUUCUUACUGGGGAUUGUGUUUUUUUAGAAUGUGCAUAGAAGUUGGAAGAGUUUGAGCCGCUGCUAAUUCAAAAUUUACCUUAUGUUCUUUUCUUAUGGUUUGAUGUGAUGUUUAUGGACAGUGUGAACUAAUGGUAUCUUGUUGCUUUUGUGUGCCUAGGCAUAAAGUUCAUUGUCAUAGUUUUCCUAUUUGUCACUUAAUUAGAAGUAAACAUUAAGGAGAGG